AACAACAGUUUGAAGGGAUGCUUUAAAGACUAGUUAUUUUGUCAGUGUUUAAUUUAUUCUUGUUGCUUGUCAGGGCUCAGUAUACGUUUAUAUUAGAAUGACUUUAACCAUAAGGAGAGUUUACCAUAUCGCAGCAUUCAGCUGGUAUGCUUUUGUUGUGAAGAAUCUCGCUGCUAAGGAUGGAGAGCAGUUACCACCAGGAAUCUUUGUGUAUGGAGGACCUUGGAAGUACCUUACUUUUUUGAAUUUGUUAUUACAAAUGUUAUUCUUUGGAGUGGCGGCACUGAGUGAUCUACAAGCUGGUAACAAGGCAGAGAGUACUCUGAACAGAUGUAAAGACCUUCUCUUCUCUGUCUUUGCAUUCCCUGUUGGCACGUUUGUUGUUGUACUUUUCUGGACGAUCUUUGCCUAUGACAGAGAAUUAGUCUACCCAGCAACCAUUGACACUUUCUUUCCUCCCUGGAUGAACCACGCUAUGCACACACUUGUCCUUCCUUUUUUACUCGGAGAAGUGGUGGUGCAGCCUCACAUCUACCCACAGACAAAGCAUGCACUGCAAGCAUUAGGAGGUGUGGGUGCGGCCUACUUAUUUUGGAUUAUAUGGGUGUACUUGUCAGUGGGGAUUUGGGUGUAUCCCCUUCUUGCACACUUCAGCACACCUGGUCUGGUGGGCCUCUUCUUUUUCAACAUGUCUGUGGUGGUGUUGCUCUACCUGCUAGGAAACAAGCUCAACAGCCGCUUCUGGAGUAAGGACGUGACCAGUGGUGGACACUAA